GCCUCUUGCGAGGUUUGCGUGGGCGAUGUUGAGCAGCACCCAGCUUUCGCAGAAGACCGUGGACUUGGAGGAGAUGCGGUCCGGAGGUCUGGGCCGCUGCACGAAGUUUUUUUGGCUGGGCGUCGCCUUCGACGCUGUGGGUGUGGCAGUGCUGUUCACGGGCGUCUUCGCCGACCUGCUGUUCUACGACAUGCUGCUCUAUCUGGGUUCCAUCAUCAUCUUCGUUAGUCUCCUGUGGUGGAUCUCCUGGUACACCGGCAACAUCGAGGCGCUCCCGGAAGAGCCCUUCCGGAGGACUUUGACUCGCAGGAGCGAGGUCAGCGAGCAACGCAGCGGCAGCCGUCGCUUCUCCCUGACCCUCAGGAACGUCUCCAACACCUUCCUGCGGAUCCGCCGGCGGCGGCGGCGGCGACUCCUCCCGAGGGCCCUCCUGAGGGUCAGCAGCCUAAGCUCGACCGACCCGGGACAGCUGGAAAGGAACAGCGACGCCAGGAGGGGAGAUGGGAGAACUUCGUUCCAUCCGGAGAAGCCGAGGUCCGUUCUGAGCAAACUAGAGCUUUGCGCAGUCCAGGCCUCUAGGAGUUUCCCUCUGGUCCCUUUGCACCCACCUCUCUCCAUUUCUACUUCUAGGAGCCAGCCUGUCUUUUCGGUGACCUCUCAGUGCUACCCUCCGGCGUCGGAAGCCUCUGAAAGCUCUUCCCGGAUGGCUUUAUCCUCUGAAAGCCAUGUGCCUGUGGAUUCUCCCUCUCAGGAGCACUCAAAGAUCAGUGUGGCCUCUGAAAUCUACCCUCUGGAAAGGGAAGAUAGCCAGAGUCACCUCUUGGUGCUCGUGCCCUCGGACAAUUUACCUACGGAACCUGUGACAUCUCAGGGCCAAAUCCAGUCCUCUGUGUCCUCUGAAAGCCAAGUACCUGUGGACUCUCCCUCUCAGGAGCACUCAAAGAUCAGUGUGACCUCUGAAAUCUACCCUCUGGAAAGGGAAGAUAGCCAGAGUCACCUCUUUGUCCUCGUGCCCUCGGACAAUUUACCUAUGGAACCUGUGACAUCUCAGGGCCAAAUCCAGGCCUCUGGAAGCCAUGUGCCUGUGGACUCUCCCUCUGAAAUCUACCCUUUGGAAAGGGAAGAUAGCCAGUCCUCUGUGUCCUCUGAAAGCCAUGUACCUGUAGACUCUCCCUCUCAGGGACGUUCAAAGAUCUGUGUGGCUACUCAAAUCUACCCUCUGGAAAGGGAAGAUAGCCAGACAUCUCAGAGCCAAAUCCAGGACACUGCAGCCCAACGAAACCGUCUCCAGAAAAUUCACCCUGCUUCUUAA